UUCCUUUUAAGUAUUUUACCUUUAUCCGAGUUCCCUCCACGUACGUCCCAAUCUCAAAACAUUCAAACCAAAAACAAUUUCAAACUCUCAAACCAGUUCAUAGGCACAUUACAUUAAAACGUAUCGAAGGCGACCAGAUGCUCUGGAAUUCAAGGGCAUCGUUUUAUUCAAAACAUGCCCUUAAAUCCUAAGCUGUCCUUGAAAUCAAGAGUUCCACAAUCCAAUAUCCUAACACUUUCAAUGACGGACGACGACGACGACUUUCAGAAUCCCGUCGCUGCCAUUUCUCGCACCCGGAAUUUCAAUAUUUCAUCAUUCGGGAAACCCACCAGGACCAGUUCUUCACAACCUCUGAAGCCCUUUAAUGGUACUCGCUCAUCAAAGAAAUCGAAGACUUCGACCGGUACUGGCAAAGAGAAUGUCAGAAUCACAAAAGGGAUUGGUGAGAUAAGAGGAAUCAAGGCAAAAAAUGUUUGCCAUGAGGUUUCGACGGAGUCGAGAAUAUUGAAAUCAAUCAUGGGUUACAGUUCUAUUGAGCGCAAUGAGGUAAAGGGCUCUGAAUUUGAGAUGGGUUGUUCGUCAAGUUCAGUCGAGUCUAAGAUGGUGGGUUUAAGCAGGGAUCUCUGUUCUGGGGAUGAUGAUGGCAUUCGGGUUGGAGUAUCUGCCGAAAGCAAUGACAGAACAGGAGAUAAAUCCGAUAAAGGGUUAGUGUUUCCCUUAAUAGAAGCUCGUUUUCCUAGAUCGAGCUUGAGUUCCAUUUCUAGGUGUGAUGAUGGGUGCUUGAAUGAAGGUGUGUUUGGGGAAACUUCGUGCAAAGUUGGAAAAGAAUUCAAAUUAGAUGAAGGAUAUUCAUCAAAUUCAACUGAACAUAGAUUCGCGUCGGGAACAGAUUUCAUCUCAACUGUCGAUAAUGGUUGUUCUGAUGUGGACGAUUGUGGGGAUUUUGUGCCAGGUACACGGCUUAACGUGUUAAUGAGUUUAUGUUCUGAGCUUGAUGAGGAUUUAAAUUCAAAUGGAUAUGUUUCUCGAGAAGAUAAUGGUGAAGGCGAUUAUGUGGUUGAGUGUCCGUUAUGUGGAUUUGACAUUUCUGUUUUGAAUGAGAUGCAACGACUUAUCCACACCAAUGAUUGUCUCAAUAAUAAGGAAGCACAGCUGGUCCCCAAAGAAGAUUGUUGUGUCAUAGAUGAAAAAAGGAAGUUACUAGGAAAUGAUUUUCCAUCAUAUGGUGGCGUUUCUACUGAUCACAGUAAGGAAAAGGGGCUUAAAUCCGAGACAUGUUGUUCGUCUAACUCAAUUGAGUUUAGCUUACCAGAAUCAAGCACACAAUACUCUUUCAGGGUAGAUAGUGCUUGUAGUGUUAAUGCUAGUCUUGGAGAUAGUGUCUCAGCUGGAAGUGAUGAUAAAUGGAAAUGUAAAUCAGAUAAAGGUAGAAUCUUGCCUUCAAAUGAAUCUUGGGCUAUGGAUUUGAACAUGGAUUGCAAUUCUAGGGUGGAUGAUGAAUGCUUGAAAGAUGAUAUGUUCAAUAAUAGCGUUCCAGCUUGGUGCAAUGGGAAAAGGGGGUCCAAGUUGGAGACAGUUUAUUUAUCAAAUUCCAUUGAAUCUAGAUUGUUGGCAUCAAGGACAGAUAACAGGUCUGUUGUUGAUAAGUGUUGCUUGGAUGAGGGCAAUUGGGUGGAUUUUGUUCCAGGUUAUGAUCAGGAAGAUCAUUCAAGUGAUGUUCUAUUUGAGUGUCCCUUAUGUCAAAUGGACAUUUCUGAUUUAACUGAGGAACAACGGCAGCUUCACAUCAACAAUUGUCUUGACAAAGUGGAACAACAACAAUUCUGCACUGAUGAUUGUCAUGACAGAUAUGUAACUCAAAAGGUUGUUCCUCCCAGUGAUGGCAUGGAAUCUAGACCUCCUGGCAAGCCAGUUGAUGUUUCCCCGGUUCUAGAGUGGCUACAGAGGCUGGGCCUAUCAAGAUAUGAAGAAGCUUUUGUCAAGGAAGAGAUUGAUUGGGACACCUUGCAGUGGUUAACAGAAGAGGACCUACUCAGUAUAGGUGUUACUGCACUUGGCCCUAGAAAGAAGAUGAAUGCCCUUAAUGAACUUAGAAAUGGAAGCACAAGUGGGGAAGACAUACACGCUGGUGAUUCUUCUAGAAUUACACCUAAGGAUACCAGUAAGCUUGCUGGGAAUAAGUUAAUUACCGAAUAUUUUCCAGGUUCUUCUAUUAAUAGGCCAAGACAAUGUGCACUCAUCAAAGGCAACCGUAAGUUAGAAAGAAGCAAUAAAGAUUCUGGUCUUGGAAAGAUCUCAGUCAGAAAUCACAACAAGAAUGGAAAACUAAGAGAUCUUCCUUCUUGGUGUUGCAUACCUGGAACACCUUUCCUAGUGGAUGCUUUUCGGUAUUUAAGAAGGGAAUGUUCCCACUGGUUUCUGACUCAUUUCCAUAUAGAUCAUUAUCAGGGCCUUACUAGAGGCUUCUGUUAUGGGAAGAUCUACCACUCUUCAGUUAAAACAACUUAAAAAAGAAAAUUGGGAUUCAUUGGGGAUAGAUUACAAAUCUUACCGCUCAACCAGAAGAUUAGCAUAGCAGGUGUUGGUGUGACAUGCUUGGAUGCAAACCAUUGCCCAGGUUCCAUAAUCAUUCUCUUUGAACCGCCAAAUGGUAAGACAGUUCUACACACAGGGGAUUUCCGAUUUAGCAAGGAAAUGGAGAGCAUGUGUGUUUUUCAGGGCUGCCCCAUCCAUACUCUUAUCCUUGAUACCACUUAUUGUAACCCCCAGUAUGACUUUCCAAAACAAGAAGCUGUGGUACAGUUUGUCAUUGAUGCUAUCCAAGCUGAGGCUUUCCACCCAAAAACUCUAUUUCUGAUUGGUAGCUAUACAAUUGGGAAGGAAAGGCUGUUCUUGGAGGUAGCUCGUGUACUUCGUAAGAAGGUGUAUGUUGGGUCAGCAAAGUUACGCCUUCUUGAAUGCUUGGGACUUCCWGAGGAAGACAUGCAGUGGUUUACUGUAAAUGAACAGGAGAGUCACAUACAUGUCGUGCCAAUGUGGACAAUUGCAAGCUUCAAGCGAAUGAAACAUAUAUGCAAUCAAUACUUGGGUAGGUUCAAUCUUAUUGUUGCAUUCUCUCCUACUGGUUGGACAUAUGGUAAAGGAAAGAAGAAAACUCCAGGGAGAAGGUGGCAGCAGGGUACCAUUAUCAGGUAUGAAGUCCCAUAUAGUGAGCACAGUAGCUUCACAGAACUAAGAGAGUUUGUUCGGCUUGUAUCUCCUGACAACAUAAUACCAAGCGUGAACAAUGAUGGCCCAGAGUCCGCUCAUUCAAUGGUUGCCCUUCUGAACUCUUGACCUGAAGAGUGAACCAUAAAAAUCUGAGAGAUUAAUUUUGAAAGAAAUGGAGUUUUGUUUAGAUUUAUAUUCUCCAAUAACAUUGGAAGCAUUGUGUAGGAGGUUAUACUCAGAGCAUGAGAACUUGUUUUAGUUCUCCAUAUGAGUUGAGUUCCAGACAUUAUUGGUGGUGUAUGAACCAGCAACCAUGGUUCUAGAACCAACAAACCUCCCUUUUUGAAGUUUGAACACACCAAUUUCUCAUUUUCUAACCCAGAAAAUAUGGUUUUUUGAUGUAA